CGUGCGAGCGCGCGACGGCACUCGCGCCGCCACUCUGCAGCGUGCACUCGCAUCCCGCCGCGCGCUCUCGCAGCGGCAUUCCGUACGCGCGACUUGCAACACUUUGUCUAACUUCCCAUCGCGCCCCAAAAUGAGGCCCUUAUUUUUUUUUAAUUUCUUCAUACUUUUAAACUUAUUAAAUUUAGUUUCUUCCAAAACCUGCCCUCCCAAAUGCCAAUGCUUCCGAAGUAAAGUUGCGUGCUUGCACCAAGACCUGUUGACCGUCCCGAAGCCGCCGGCCGACACUCACAGUUUAGACUUGCGGUUCAACAAGAUUGCUGAGAUCGAGCCGGGGUUGCUGAGUCAUGUCCACUCGCUUCGUUCGCUGCUCCUCAACGACAACCGGAUUCGGGAGCUGCGUUCUGGAACCUUCGAUGGCCUCCGCAAGCUCAAGUACUUGUACCUGUACAGGAACCGCAUCCAACAUAUCGACCCUGAUGUGUUCCAAGGACUCGUUCAUCUGGAACAAUUGUAUUUACACAUAAACGAAAUUCAUCACAUCGAUCCGCAAACAUUUUCAAACCUGCCUCGUUUGGAGAGACUGUAUUUGCAUAACAACCAUAUAAAGAAGAUUCCGUCAGGUUCAUUUUCGGGGAUGCCAAAACUACGAAAAUUACGUUUAGAUAGCAACGCUUUGAUAUGUGAUUGCUCCAUGAUGUGGCUCGUGCAGAUGAUGGCUUCACAUAAUGAGAUGUUCAUAGACGCCACUUGCUACCAACCCUCCAGAGUUACUGGAAUGCCCCUUUCUUUGCUGGAAGUACGCGAUUUUGAUUGCAAAAUACCCGAAAUUCAAAAGGACCCCGAAGACAUCACUGUGAAUUUCGGAGAGGCUGCAAUGUUCACUUGCAUUGUGACCGGCGACCCGAACCCUGAAAUAGUCUGGCUGAGAGAUUCUAACGAAAUUCCCAUCGACGGUACGCGGUACGAGGUUAUGGACAACGGCACUCUAAUGUUGCACGACAUUAGCGAGGCUGACACCGGAUAUUUUGAAUGCAUGGCUAAAAAUCUUGUUGGAGAAGCCCACUCGAAACCUGCUAAAAUGACUAUCAACGAACCUAAACAAAAUGGUCCUCCUGUACUGACAUUAGCUCCACGAUCACAUCUUACGACACUGAGCCAGCAGCGCCAUAUCAACUUUGAUUGUAUUGCUAAGGGACACCCGAAACCACACAUUUCUUGGCUUUUUAAUGGCGAAAGGAUUUUGCUGACUGAGCGUAUGUCGUUGCAUCGUAAUGGCUCCAUUUUUAUCGAUAAUAUUCAAGAUUCCGAUGCUGGAGUGUACACCUGUGUAGCUGAAAAUAUCCACGGAAAAGUUAACGCAACUGCGACUCUUGAAAUAAUAGUCGCGCCCUCGUUUAUCGUCGAGCCCCAUAACAAAACAGUAAGAGUAGGAGAGGAUGUCCAUUUCACAUGCACUGCUAGAGGCUAUCCGAAACCCACCAUCACCUGGUUUAGAAACACACUGCCGUUACCAGAAUCUGAAAAUAUUAUUUUGGAUAAUGACAAUCACAAUUUGACCAUUCGAUCAAUAACUUCAGACGAUGAUGGUAUAUAUCACUGCAGAGCUGAAAAUUCCGAAGGUUAUGUUGAAGGGUCAGCCUUUUUAACAGUUCAAGAAAUUAAACGCGUUCGUCCACGUAUUGCUAUAAAGCCGGAAGACACAGAUGCUUUCCGAGAAUCUACAGUUCAGUUGCCUUGUGAAGUAGAUAGUGAACUCCCAGCUACAGUUGAAUGGAGAAAAGAUGGUUCCUAUCUGCAAAAUACAGAUACAAGACAUUCAAUUACUGUAAUCGGAAGUUUGAUUAUCCGCAAUUUGACAAUAAGGGAUUCUGGUAGGUACGAAUGUUCUGUGUUUAAUGAGAAUGGACGAGACACUGCAUCUGCACUGUUAACAGUGAAAGAUCGUGUUAUACCUGGCGACGAAUAUGUUAACAUAGCUUUAACUGAGGCAACCAGAGAUGUAGACUUAGCUAUUGAAAGAACUAUGGACGAGUUAUUCAAUGGCAACAAAACAGCGAAAACAGAUAUCCACCAACUAUAUCGUAUAACAAGUUUCCCAAACGCGCCAGCAAGGGAAGUUGCACGAGCAGCUGAAAUAUACGAAAGGACAUUAGAUAAAGUGAGGGGAUUUAUCCAGACUGGCCAUAAAGUAACAUCGACUGAACCAUUCUUUUACCAAAACGUGUUAUCCAAUCAACAUUUAGAUGUCAUUGCGCGUUUGUCUGGUUGUGUCGCUCAUAGAGAGAAGAAAGACUGUUCUGACAUGUGCUACCACAGCAAGUAUCGCAGUUAUGAUGGAAGUUGCAAUAAUUUUGCGCAUCCUACAUGGGGAUCUUCACUAAGUGGAUUCAGACGUAUCCUUUUCCCAAUUUAUGAAAACGGUUUCAGUCAACCGGUGGGUUGGAAUAGGGAUCUUAAGUAUAAUGGAUUUACCCUACCAAGUGCACGUCUUGUAUCUACUUCGAUUAUAACCACUGAUGAUAUAUCUGAAGAUCUGAAAAUAACGCACAUGGUUAUGCAAUGGGGUCAGUGGCUCGACCAUGACUUAGACCACGCUUUACCAUCAGUCAGUUCCCAGACCUGGGAUGGCGUUGAUUGUAAAAAAACUUGUGAAUACGCUGCGCCAUGUUUCCCGAUUGAUGUGCCCUCAAAUGAUCCGAGGAUUUCCAACCGUCGUUGUAUUGAUUUCAUUAGAACCAGUGCAGUAUGUGGGUCUGGAAUGACUUCUGUUCUUUUUGGAACACUGCAGCCGAGAGAACAAAUAAAUCAGUUAACCUCAUUCAUUGAUGCGUCGCAAGUGUAUGGUUUCGAAAAAGAGGUAGCUGAAGAUCUGCGAGAUUUGACUAAUGAAAACGGGCUGUUACGAGUAGGCAUCACGUUCCCAGGUCGUAAACCACUACUACCAACAGUAGGUAUAAAUGGAAUGGACUGCAGGCGUAACUUGGACGAAAGUACUCGAAGUUGCUUUGUAGCAGGGGACAUCAGAGCUAAUGAACAAAUCGGUUUAGCAGCAAUGCAUACAAUUUGGAUGAGGGAACAUAAUAGAAUUGCACUUCAAUUGAAAGCUCUGAACCCAUUUUGGGAUGGCGACCGAGUUUAUCAAGAAGCGAGAAAGAUCGUUGGUGCUCAGAUACAAAUCAUAACCUACGAGCACUGGCUCCCUCUUGUUUUAGGAGAGAGCGUACACCAAUUACUAGGAAAAUAUAAGGAAUAUGAUCCAAGCCUUAACCCAUCAAUUUCUAAUGUUUUCGCCACUGCUGCUUUAAGAUUUGGACACUCCAUGAUCAAUCCUCUACUGCAUCGUUACGAUGAAAACUUUGAAACUAUCCCUCAAGGCCAUCUAUUGCUCCGAAAUGCAUUCUUCUCUCCAUGGAGACUAGUCGAUGAAGGUGGAGUUGAUCCUUUACUUCGUGGAAUGUUUACGACACCAGCGAAACUGAAGACACCUACGCAAAACCUGAACUCGGAACUCACUGAAAAACUUUUCUAUACCGCUCAUGCUGUAGCUCUUGAUUUGGCUGCUAUCAACAUCCAAAGAAGCCGUGACCAUGGUAUCCCACCAUAUACGAAAUGGCGCCAGUUUUGUAAUAUGACUGAGGUGAAUGACUUUGAUGACCUGGCUGGGGAAAUAACUGAUGAAAGUGUGCGUGAUAAGCUGAAAGAGCUCUAUGGUUCAGUGCACAACAUCGACGUAUGGGUAGGUGGUAUUCUGGAGGAUCAAGUAGAUGGUGGAAAAGUCGGGCCGCUGUUCAGAUGCUUGCUCGUGGAGCAGUUCAAACGUUUACGAGACGGAGAUCGAUUUUGGUAUGAAAGCCCAUCCGUAUUCAAACCAGAUCAACUGCGACAGCUGAAAGAGACGAGCUUGGCACGAAUCCUCUGUGACAACGGCGAUAACAUUGAUACAAUUGGAGAAAACGUGUUCCUGCUUCCUGAAGUUCAAGAUGGUCUGAUUUCUUGUGAAGAUUUGCCUUCCAUGGAUUUGCGUUUCUGGGCUGAUUGUGAGAGCUGUGGCGACAGUGAAGGUGGUCUGGAGCGAGCGAAGCGCCGAGCACGCAGGGAUGUGGACACCUCCGAAAACAAAGUUGACGACGAACGCCUGAGCAAUUUGGAAGAAUCCCAUCACGACAUUGAGAACACUAUCGCAUCACUGAAAAAACGAAUUGAAUAUUUGGAGGAAACAUGCAAACUGGAAUAAACUGGCAAACGGGCAACGAUAACACGGUCUUUUGGAAACGUUUUAAAGAUUUUUGAAAUCUAUGUAUUCUUUAUAUUAUUAUUAUCUACCUGUUAUUUAUGUAUAAUAUAUUAUCUACUAUCUAGAAUGUUUCUAUCCUUUUACAUUGUAAGCUUUAAUCCUGUCUAUGUGGUCCAACUAAUUAAGAUUACUUUAACAUUCUCUAUUAAAUUAAUUUCCCAUUUCUAAUAAAUUUUGUAUCCAUCGUUGAAUUUAUACCCUAAUCAAAUUAAUAUAUUUCUCUAUCUCUUGGAUUCAGUGAGUAACGAUUUUACCAUUCUCAUAAUGAUAUUUUGAACAUUAAUAAUAAAUGUGUAGAAGGUAGUGAGUAGGCGUCAUAAUGUUAAAAAGGUUAAUCAUUAGGUUUAGGAGUCAACAUGUUAACUAAAGAAUACUAAAGGCCGGUUGCUUUGCUGUAACUUUUAGGCACUACUUUCUUGCUAAACAGUUUCGGACGCGAUUUUUAGGUUUUUUCCACGCAGGAAGAUACCUAAUAGGUACCUACAAAAACAACAAAUUUAUUUAAGAAAUUAUUAAGAAAAAGUCUUGAAAAAAAAAAUUAUGCAACCGGUUUAACUACGUGAAAAACGACAGCUUUAAUUUUCCCCUAACGUUUGGAUUCUAAACGGAGUUAAAGUAUUGAUUUUUUUUUUAUCAAAAAAAGAUACAUAAUAUAUUUAUCAAACAACUUUACUAUCUAGUGAAUAAUAACGAAUUACCAGAAUGUACAUUUUGGAAAAGCAAAAAAAAAAUUAAAAAGAUACAAUUUUGUGGGGGUUUACGGAGUGUCGCGUUUCUUCGUAGUAGCUACCAGCUAUUUAGUAUUCUUUGUUAAAACAAUUUAUGUAUUAGACGUAUUAGAAAUAAGAAAACCGCUUCAUUUUGUUAAUUUGUAAAUGUUAUUUUAUAUACAUAAUUUAUUGUCUAUCGACUUAAUUUUAUGGAAUGCUGUGAAAUAUAUGUGUAACCGAUCAGAGUUCGAGUGAAAUGGCCUUUGAACACCUAAGGGCCUGUUUGUACGAGGAAGGUUUCAGCUUUCACGUUAUUUGUGUGUAAUGUUAUAUAGGUUCUUUUCGCAUUCUAACGGUCACUUGUGCAUUGACUAAAUACGGUAAAAACAGAUAUAUGUGAAUAAAUAAGUUUCGAAUGUAUGUAGAUACGCAAGCCCGUGAGUUAAAUGUGUUUUCGUCUGUUCAAUUAGAUACAUAUGUAUGUUACUUAGCUGAGUAUGUUGUUUAUGUUUUAAAUACAUUUCUUUUAUUUUUGCAAUAAAUUUUUUAAGGUGACCAUUAAUUUAAUAGGUUUUUUACUGAAAUAAUUUGCAUUGUACACUAUAUUCAUAUAAUUAAUAAAAAAACAAUAGAUUUUAACUGAUAGACAUGAUAUUUAUUGGAAUUUCUAGUACGUAAUUAUAAUUCAAGAUAUUUGAAUAAUUUAUGAAGGAGGAUCUAACUUUCAAUGAGUAUUUUGGUCCAAAACCUAAUCGAAGUGAGGUACCAUCAUCAUCAGGCAAGUGAAUGCAAUGUAACGAUUUAGAACUAUAUGGUAAGUAGGUACCGAGUUUAUACCGACAAAUGUAGGUAAGGUUGGCUAAGCAAUAAAAUGCUCAUAUUGGAAAUAUGAAAGUUGCUCUGAGCUGCACCGGGAACAUAUGACUUUACACCUCUUUGCUUUGCAGCAUAUCAAUCGCAGCAUAGGCAAGUGUGUCAUAUUGAAGAUCAGAAGCAGUACUUACAGGGCUGCAUUUCUGAACGCAAAUAAAAUGACUUUACGUUUAAAAUGUUUCGUCAAAUCAUCAUCAUUUGAUUGAUUGAUGUCAAUACAGUUAGGUACCGAAAAUGAAAUUGAAGACCGAUAUAAAUUAUAUGUAAUAAAUAUUAAAUUAUAUAAAUUUUAAUGAUAUGGUACCUGUAAAUCAUAAAUAUUAUUUGAUACAGGUAAAUACUAUGAUAUUAAACAAGCUUAAAUAAAUACAGCAUUUGGUAGGCGGGUAGAGGUACCACGUAGAUACCAAUAAUUUUGACAUGUUCUUAAUUAAUGACGAAGCGAUCGUAAAAGGUAUCGUGAAUUUGAUUGAUAACUACAAAAGUGACUAACCGAAUGUAUCACUUUUUGAUAAUCCCCAUAACACGACCGAAGGGUGCAGCCACAAUGAUAACCUAUCAUCAAAUAUAUAGUGCAGUUUUGGAUAUUGCUGCCUAUAAAACAAAAUUAUUAGUUAUCAUUUUGGAAAAUUCAAACAGUUUUAUAAGAGCAAGUGGAUAUCUUCCUUCAUAAGUUAUUCAUUCUGUAGAACAUAACCCGAUUAAAGGUUUAUUUUUAAUGACUAGGUAACCAGUUGUAAACUAGUCGAAUAUCCUAUUGUUUGGGUUCCUUGCCUUUUUAGAGGUGUUAACGAAAGUCAUACAUUUGGCUUCAGGAAAACUUACCUAGCGGAGCGAGUACAUAAGCUAAGCAGCCUAUACUGUAAAACAGGCAGGUCUUAAUCCAUUUUAAUGAGCACUAAAUGCCUCAUUUGUAACAUGAACAUCAAUCAGAUACAACGUGUUUACUAAUUCGAUAGAAACUGUAACAUAGCCAUGCGAACCCUGCACUGAACAAAUAGUUUGAUCAUUUCAUGGAAAUGGUCAGUGCCGUAGUUACAUUACGACUAGUCAAAUGUCAAUAGCUAUGUCUCUACAUCAGAUAAUUUCACAUUAUACCCGUAUUGGAAUACAGUGAUUCCAAGUAACUUGUUAGUUGUCGGUCUUGAGGGUAUCGGAACCGUUCAAUAAAACCUUGUUACUAAAAAUAAGCCUUUCAGACAUUAUUAAUGUAAUGUGUAGCAGUAGAUGUAGAAUGCAUUUAAAAUUUUAAAAUUACAUACUUAGAAAUUAAGUAGUUUCCUACAUUGUAAGAACCGAGGAGACGAAUAGGAUGGAAAAGGUGCCUAGGUAUAGAAUUUAGAAUUUCACCGUGAAUUGUCAAUUUGAAGUCAAGCGAAAUAGCCGGACAGGGGGCAAGGCCUUUGAGGUAUCACACGACAUCGCCAGCAGUAGAUAUUUGACACACGUUCCAAGAAUAUGUCAGACAGACUACAUGUUAAGCACUGGAAUAUAGUUAUAUCGACUGGUAACCGACAGCACUAUGACUGUAAGGCAAAAAGACGAAAACACCAAGAAUAAGGAAUCUACACACCACGAAGAGGGAUGUGCCUUUUAGGCUAACUACGUUAUCUCUAGAUAUCUCGGAAUCCUGCCUGUACGUAGAUUUAUCGAUAAGUAGGUAGGUAAUGAAAGUGUUGUUGAAUGGGAGAAAUUGGCACCUUUAUAGUACUGUGAUUAAAACCAAAAUCUUAGGCCAUUUGACGUAAGGACUCAUACGUAUACCCAGCAAAAAAUCAUGACUUUUGGUAAAUGAGCUUACCGACUUACUUUCUUGUGUUAGUCAAUGUCACUCUCCAAGCUACGCCAGACCAUAGCAGGCCUAGUAUAUGAUGUCUAAAAUAAAGCGAUUUUUCCUCAAUCAACCACGAUACAAACACGAACUAAACAAAUGACGGUCCCAUCUGUUUAGAUUUUUGAAAAACACACAUACUAGGUCUAACUGGUUCCACAACAUAAUAUCGCGUAAUGGGUCCUUACGUCAAAUAGCCUACAGAUAUCCUACUCCUAUAAAAAGGAGCUUAACCCAAAGGAGAAAGAGUAAAUUGCAGGCUUAAAAAUAAUGUUAUAUUCAAUUCUGUAACAAUUCAUUAUAUCAAUCUGGGUGUGAAAUAAAUGAGAAAAACGUA